GGGGUUGGUGGGGUUGAGUCGAGUGUCUGUAGUCCCCCAAAAGAGAGCAGGUUGUAAAGGAAUUCAGGAGGUCUUGCCUGGACAGAGGCCAUGAGCAGACAUGAAAGGUCCCCGGGAAGUCUUACUGCCACCCCGAGCUGACUCUGUGUAGGAGGCUCUCAGGAAUCUGGGCACCCCUUGUGAGGUAUAGCUGAAGUGGGGCAGUCCUUGGCCCGGUUUGAGCAGGACCAGGCAAGGGACAGAGAUUUCAAUCUCUUCUUCCCACCCCUUUCUUUGCCCCCCCCCCUCAGUGGUGCUGAGGCAGGGUUCUCCCUCACUCCAGGGGAGGGGCAGCAGACUGUGGGUGCUCCUUGGAUUGAGAAGUGCGUGCCUCUCCCCCGCCCCCCAGUGUCCCAAUUGCAGUUGCUUGGGUGUGGGUGGAGAAGGGCUGGCAGGCAGACUGUGGGUAGUCUGGACAGGCGGUGGCCUGGCAUUAGUCUGUGCUAGUAGAGGCACCUUGCCCACCUCUCCCUCUGAAGAAAGGCUCUUCUCACUUGCCCUCCAGGCUCAGAGCUGAGCUGGGGAGGCUGGAAGCACCUUCCUCAAGGCUUUAGUCAGAGGAAGAACCGAUGCUGGAACGGCGCUGCAGGGGCCCCACGGCCAUGGGCCCAGCCCAGCCCUGGCUCUUUUCUGGGCCCUCCCAGGAGUCCUCCCAGCCCAACAGAGGGUUGAGGUACCAGGGCAAAUCAGUAGCUCAGCCAGGAGGCCAAACCCCAGGCAAGGUCCAUCGUUGUGCCCACUGUCGGAAGCGCUUCCCGGGCUGGGUGGCCCUGUGGCUUCACGCUCGGCGGUGCCAGGCCAGGCUGCCUCUGCCCUGCCAUGAAUGCAACCAGCGCUUUCGCCACGCCCCCUUUUUAGCGCUGCAUCUUCAGGUUCAUGCUUCUGCGGUCCCCGACCUGGGUUUCACCUGCCACCUAUGUGGGCAUAGCUUCCGAGGCUGGGUAGCCCUGGUUCUGCAUCUGCGGGCUCACUCAGCUUCAAAGCGGCCCAUCACUUGCCCUGAAUGCCACAGACGCUUCUGGCGACAAAAACAGCUUCGAGCUCACCUGCGAAGGUGCCAGCCCCCUGUCCCUGAGGCCCGGCCCUUCAUAUGCGGCAACUGUGGCCGGAGCUUUGCCCAAUGGGACCAGCUGGUUGUUCACAAGCGGGUGCACGUGGCUGAGGCCUUGGAGGAGGCAGCAGCCAAGGCCCUGGGUCCUCGCCCGCGAGGACGUCCUGCAGCUCCCAGGCCUGGUGGAGACGCUGUGGACCGCCCCUUCCAGUGUGCCUGCUGCGGCAAGCGCUUCCGCCACAAGCCCAACCUGAUCGCCCACCGCCGCGUGCACACUGGGGAGAGACCACACCAGUGCCCAGAGUGCGGGAAGCGUUUCACCAACAAGCCCUACCUGACCUCGCACCGGCGCAUACAUACCGGAGAGAAGCCCUACCCAUGCACCGAGUGUGGCCGCCGCUUCCGCCACAAACCAAACCUGUUGUCGCACAGCAAAAUUCACAAGCGCUCGGAGGUCUCAGUGCAGGCUGCCCUACACACCGAGAGUCACCAGAUUGCAGCAGAGCCCAUAGCACAACCUGCACUUGGGUUGCCCCUGGGGUCCCCACGGACCCCAGCUGAGGCACCUGCGCUCCUGCAUAGCUGCACCGACUGCGGUCGCAGCUUCCGACUGGAGCGCUUCCUGCGGCUACACCAGCGGCAGCACACAGGGGAGAGGCCCUUCGCCUGCACAGAGUGUGGCAAGAACUUCGGCAAGAAGACGCACCUGGUGGCGCACUCACGCGUGCACUCCGGCGAACGUCCCUUCGCCUGCGAGGAGUGUGGUCGCCGUUUCUCACAGGGCAGCCACCUGGCAGCCCACCGGCGUGACCAUGCACCGGAGAGGCCCUUCGUGUGCCCAGACUGCGGCAAGGCUUUCCGCCACAAGCCCUACCUGGCCGCGCAUCGACGCAUCCACACAGGCGAGAAACCCUAUGUGUGUCCUGACUGUGGCAAAGCUUUCAGUCAGAAGUCUAACCUGGUGUCCCACCGGCGCAUCCACACCGGUGAGCGACCCUACGCCUGCCCCGACUGUGAUCGCAGCUUCAGUCAGAAGUCCAACCUUAUCACACACCGGAAGAGCCACAUCCGGGAUGGCGCCUUCUGCUGUGCCAUCUGCGGCCAGACCUUUGAUGAAGAGGACCGACUCUUGAUGCACCAGAAGAAGCACGAUGCCUGAGAGGGGCCGGAGGCUUAGGGAAACAGUCCUGGAUGUCCUUGGUAACAGGGUGUCAGUGGUCCGGGUGAGGUACCUACACUGACGCUGCUAGAGGAACAGGUAAAGAUCCCAGAGGGAUAGAGGAGACAGUGAUCUGGGCUCUGUUUAGGGAUGGACUUUCCCCUGGGUAUCCACAGGGAACCCAUUUUAGAAUGCGGGGAGGACCUGGCUUUGAGCUAGUUGGCCCCCAGCUGGUUUUUCUAAGGGUUAACUCAGAGUGCCCUGUACCCUGGAAAAAAUAGCAAUAGCAGUCCCAAUCUACCCUUUGAGUCCUCAACUAAACACCAGUGGGAAGGGAACCAUUCCAUCCUCUGGUGUUGACGCCUUAAUGUCCCCAGUCUUUACUAUGAGUUACUUCAGGUCAUUUCUUUUUUUUUCCUUUUGGAAGUAGGUGUGGUAUAGUCGUUAGUAAAUGAACCCUGGGGUGGGGAAAACAGGCUGGCCGGCUGCACCUUGGUGAACCUGCUGGUUUGUUAGGGCAGCAGCAGAGGUGAGGCAUAGGUCCCCAGAUGUGUAGCGAUCCAUCCCUGGUUAGCAAUUCCAUCUAUUUCUUGCAUAUUAUCCUCCCAGGACAUUGAUUUACUCCUUCACCAGCCUGGCUUUUUUUUAUCUGCCUGCUCUUCCCUAAGUAUAGGCCUUCCUGGUGGUUUUGUUUAACCCCAUGACCCUCCCCAACUCUUCUCAGAGCUUUGGGGGUUAUGUGAAAGACUGACUAGCUGAGGGUUUGGCUGCAGGGAAGGUCCUGGGUAGAUUCCCAGGGUGUGAAUGCCAGCCUCCACCCAUGGGGCACUGUUACCUCCAGAAGGCACUGCUUCUACUGUAGGGCAAGUCUGAUUGUUAGAAAUUUCUUACUUAUAAUGAUUGGAUUCUGCUUUCCUAUGACUUCUGCCUCCUGGGUCUUGUUUUGUUCCUUGGAUCCAAACAGAACCAUUUACCCUCCUUUACAAACUAGAGAAUAAAGAUUUGGUUUUAGAACUAGU